AUGGGCACCUUUAUUGGUCACAUCUCGCCGGGUCUGGCUUUCCUUUCCUUUGGGAUUCUCUACGCCUUCAAGUUUUCUCUGAUGGUGCUCCGGCGUGAGGAGAUCCAACUUGUCUCUCGCUCUCGGCCGCCUGGAUUGCGGAGUUGUUUAAAGCGGAUUCCGGUUGAAGGGGUGAUGAAGAUCGUGUACGGUACCCUGGCGGUCAUGGCAGAAUUCUUUUAUCCACCCGGAGUGUACAAACUGAUUAUUUAUAACAAAGAGAAGCCCGACUACCCGUUUAUCCACCCCAAUGAGUGGCAGCAUGUCACCAUGUAUUCCUAUUUCGCCCUGAGUGGUUGGAUGGAUAUUAUCAGCCAGGCUUGCCUGCCGAGACGUCUAUUCCUGUUGGAAAACAUAGCCAUCACCCUGGCGUUUUACAUCGAAGCCCUGCUCCUUUACUCUCACAUGCACGGCAAGGAGAGAGUAGAGAACUCAGUGCACACCUUGCUGCUGCUCGCCUGCUUUCUGGUCUGUCUGAUCCUGACUGUUGAGAUUUGGCGACCAAAUGAUCACGUCCUUUGGUUCACCAAGACCUGCUUGGUGAUGACCCAGGGGACCUGGCUCCUGCACGCCGCCUUCAUCCUCUACAUGCCGUUCACCGGGAAACCCUGGAAGAGCGACGAUAUGGCCAACCUCAUGUUUGUCACCAACUUUUUCUGUUGGCACGUCGCACUGAACAUUAUCUUGGUGCUGGCCAUCUUCUCACUCACCGCCCUGUGGCACCGCCGCUGUGGCCCUGCUUUCCAGGAGGUCAAGAGGCAGGUCAGUUUCCACCUGAAGAGUGCGGAUGGCAGAGGCCUCCCUUCCGAAUAUACCAAACUCCAAUCUGAAGAGGAGGAGACGCAAUUGCUCCAAGAAUGCCCUUAGCGUCCUGGGUUCGGCGGGAGCGCAAUGUGUCUGAUCCACAUCGCGCCUCUCGCUUAAAUCUCAUCAUUACCUUCAGCCAAGACUCAGACAGGGUUUGUUAGUCUCUCCAUUUCUUUAAACUACGCAGGCCAGACAGGUAAGAAAGCCACCAAUGAUGUGCACGUUACAGCUUUUAUCACCGAUAUUUUUGAGU